AAAUCAAACCUGCGAAUUGUUCGUUACAAAUCUUGUUAUUGGAUUUUAAAAACAAAGGAAUUUUAUUUUCUGGAUAAAGAAAAAUCAUAUUCUUAUUAUAUCAAACGUUAAGUUUAUUUGUUUCAAAUCUGGAUGAUAAAACAAUGAUUGCGGCUUCAGAACCUUUGGAGUUUGUACCUCAUGGCAGGACAGUACUUGCAAAGCAUCCCGGUCAGAUCUAUGGCAAAGGUCUUAAUAAUUCUACAUCGGAGAACUCUCUUAUGUACAAACUGGCUAACUUUGCUAUAAAGGAUGAGAGUUUGUUAGAAAACAAGGACUCUGAGGAGUGGUGGUGUAUCAGAGAGGUUUAUUAUAGGGAAACUGAUGAUGUUGAUGAGGAUGAAACACAGCAAUCCACCAAAGAAAAAUACGAGGACUCUUUCAGACCUCCGAGUAGAAUUAAGCCAGAAUUUAACAUAUCAAUUAAAUCUGAGUUACUCAGCGGCCUGAAGAAAACUGAAGGUGAAGCGGGUACUUCACAAGGGGGCAGUGCAAACAGCUCUAGUAAUAUGUCUAAGAAAUUUAAUCUAAAUUCCUCACAAAAUAAAGAACCAAUGACAAAACCUUUGAAUCCAAAGACUGAUUGUUGUUAUGAAGAGGAACUGUAUGUUAAAGGUUGUACUGCGGUUUGGUCUAAAGGUUUAAUAUCAACUCCUGGCACUAAGUUAUCUGGACCAGAACAGAGAGAAACCAUAGCUUGUUACACUAUAGAGAAUCCAAUCAAACAUGCAGCAUUUUGCAACUUUCAUAUCGGAAUCAACAAUACAAUGCUACUUGAUGCAUUAAAUUCUCAAAUAGGUGAUGUAAAGAAGAAUAUAAAAAUAGAAGAUACAACAGAACACAUAGAAAGUAACAUAAUGCCAUCAAUCUUACUAAUGGAUAGUAAAUGUAUGAGAGUUUACGCUGUAGAUGGUCGAGAGUACAUGGCAAGUAUACCAUUCCAAGUAAAGAAAGUAUGGCCUACGAAAUAUGGCGUCCUCUUAGAAAAGGAACCAUUACCUCAACUACACAGUUCAAUACUCCCUACAUCAUUUUUAAAACUCAACGAAUCCUGCAACAGUUCUUUAUAUAAAUCAAAAACACCUUUUAAUAUGAGUGCGAAAUUACGAGCAGAAUCUUUAGUAGGCUAUGACCAGGAAUAUCCAUUACCCACGUGUUUUUCACUUUCACAUCCGUUAGACGAAGUCAUACCCAUAUUAAUCAAGUCACCAUCCCAAGGGUUGCAAUAUUACAGCGAUGGAGAUGUCCAAAUAAUAUUUGUAAGUGUCAACCCUAGUAUAAUUUUACUAUACGAUUGGAAAUUAGGAUAUCAUUCACUAUGGAAGAUUCGGAAAGCGACAAGAGAUGAGUGUUUAAACAUGUGUCCGAAUGUCAACUCAACAACGACAGUGUUCAGUCAGUCUUGUGACUUCGUUGGCAGCCCUAUGCAGAGUAUGGCAAAGAAUACAACCAGCUGGAAUGCUGGAAGUCCAUUCCAGUCGAAGAAAGGUAUGAAUACACCUAAUCGGUCUCAUCAGAACAGUCCUAUGGCUCAUAUAUUCCAUCAGCAAGGGUUGUCACCUCAUGCCUCUAUUGGACAAGCAUCCUCGACCUCUAUGUUGGCAAACUCAAUAACUCAAACACCGCCAUCCUUACCUUUGUAUCCUGAUAUAUGUUUGGAUCACAUUUGGACUGACAGUCAAGUUAUUCGGAGAGAUCAAGUGGAAAGUCCAACAGAUAUUAAAACUUUUCUACAUACAGAUCUUGUCGGUCAUGAUUAUCUUUGUUUUCUUGUCAAAGUUGGAGGUGCAAAUAAGUUACAAAUAUUAAGAUUGCAGCGAUCACAUUCUCACGGGCAGCUUUUGAAGAGCAACUUGAUUGUGGGUUCGGUGUCCUCAGUGUACGCUAAAGAUGCUGUAGUACUAAAUGAUUUGAAGAUGAUUGCGUUAAUUGAUGAAUCAGGCAACAUUAUACUGCAGUCCGGGAACAGUGUUGUUGGAAAGGUGCACGUGGGCGGCGUGCUGGCGCGCCUACUGGACUCGCCGUACACGAAGCGCGCGGCGCACCCGCUGGCGCUGCACUCGCUGCACUCGCCC